AUGGCUGGCCCAGUUCCAGUCAAACAGCUGCAGCAGCGACAACUGGGUGCUCUUCUUGGUGGCAUUCUCGGCGGUGCCGGCGGUGCUGGUGCCUCAGCUGGAGAUUCUGGCAACGCAGCCGCCAAUGCUGGCAACGCCGCCGGAGGUUCUGGCGACGCAGCCGACGGUGCUGACGCGGACGGGACCCAGGCCGAGGCUGCCCAGGGUGGGGGGGGAGCGGCUCAAGGGGCGGGUACUCUGGCUGAUGGGAUCACCAACACCGUUAACAAUGCUAAAAACGGCGGUGCUGGGUUGGGCCAGUCGAUCCCGGAGAUCGUCCAGGGCGGUUUGGCUCUCGGGGGCCUCAAGAAGGCGUCUUAA